AUGGGUUUGGGGUGGGUUUCAGGGGCUGUUGGGAGUGAGUUUUCGGGACUGUUGGGAGUCGAUUUUGCGGGUUUGGGGUGGGUUUUUCAAGGGGUGUUGGGUGGGUUUCAGGGGGUUAGGGAUGGGUUUCAGAUAUGGCGUUGGGGGUGGGAGUUUCGGUGGUGUUGGGUUGUUGUUGGUGGGGGUGGGUUUUCGGUAUGGGUGGUUGGUGGUGGGUGGUGGGUGGAUUGCAAGGGGUUUGGGGUGGGGUUUUCAGGGGGUGUUGGUUGUGGCAUUGGGGGUGGGGGUUUGGGUGGUGUUGGGUUGUUGUUGGUGGGGGUGGGUUUUCGGUAUGGGUGGUUGGUGGUGGGUGGAUUGCAAGGGGCUUGGGGGGUGGGUGUGGCGUUGGGGGUGGGGGUUUCGGUGGUGUUUGGUUGUUGUUGGUGGGGGUGGGAUUUCGGUAUGGGUGGUUGGUGGUGGGUGUAUUGCAAAGGGUUUAAGGGGUGGGUUUGUGGUGGGGUUAAGGUGGUUACUGGUGGUGGGAUUAAGUGGUGUUGGGUGGUUGAAUUUGGGUAA